AUGGCUUUGACCAUAGCAGGAGCCGCUGCAGGCAGCGCUGCUCUUGCGGCAUACUUGGAUGCGAAGUUUCACAUCCGCAAUGAUAUCAGAGGGGGUAGCACGAAGAUGCGAGCCCUGGGAUCUGCGAAACUCAUCAUGGAGAAGCACCGACAGGGAAAAACACACAUCUACCAUACAUUUGAGAGUCAUGCGAAUAGCUCCAAAGGUGAUCUCACUUUCUUGGUCUUCGAAGGUCGCGAGUGGACAUACAAAGACAUUUUCAAGGCCAUCCAACCCGUCGGCAACUGGCUGAUGAAAGACCUGGGAAUUGAAAAGGGCGAGAUGGUCGCGCUGGACGGCGGAAACAGCCCCGAAUUCAUCUUAGUCUGGCUUGCUUUGGAAGCCAUUGGCGCUCCCGUUGCCUUCAUAAAUUGCAACCUCACAGGCCAACCAUUGGUCCACAGCGUUAAAGUCGCUAAAGCCCGAUACUUGCUCUCGGACUCAGAUGUUCGUCCCCUCAUCUCUCCAGUCGAAGAAGAGCUCGCUUCCUCCGGAACGAAGACCAUCUACUACAGUCCUGAGUUUAUAAGCACACUCAAAGACACAGAAAUGCUCCCCGCAUCACGUCGCGCUAAUGUUACCCCUAACGACGUGGGGGCCCUGAUAUACACUUCCGGCACCACGGGGAAGCCCAAAGGCACAGUUAUCACCCGUGCGCGGUGGAUGCUCCUCGAGAAUUCCGGCUUGAUGAUGGGUCUGAAGCCUGGCGAAAGGAUGUACACCUGUCUCCCACUCUACCACGCCGCUGCGCAAGGUCUGUGUUGCCUACCUUGUGCAGGUGUCGGAGCUACUAUGGUUCUAUCGCGGAGGUUUUCGCAUAAGACUUUCUGGCCCGAGGUUCAUGCUUCGAAGGCGACGAGGAUACAAUAUGUCGGCGAACUAACGAGAUACCUCCUGAACGCUGAGCCAAGCCCGUUGGAUAAGGGUCACCAUGUCUACCUGGCGUCCGGUAACGGUAUGAGACCAGAUAUCUGGGAGGCCUUUCGAGAAAGGAUCAACAUAAACCGCGGCGACUUCGGUAUUGGCGCCAUCGCAAUCCGCGGACCAAUCUUCCACCUCCUCAACGGGUCCAACGAAGUACGCGUGCACAUCGACCCAGACACACAAGAAAUAAUCCGCGGUAAAAACGGCUUCGCCAUAAAAUGCAAGACAAACGAACCCGGCGAAAUGAUCGCACGCGUGGAUCCAGCGAGCAUAUCGAAUCCAGGCGGUACGCCGAAAUACUACGGCAACGCGGAAGCGGGUGAGAAGAGGUUAGUCAGAGAUGUCUUCGCGAAAGGUGAUAUAUGGUUCCGAUCCGGCGACGCCAUGCGUUUGGACCCCGAAGGAAGAUUGUUUUUCGUGGAUCGCUUGGGUGAUACCUUUCGCUGGCACUCGGAAAACGUAUCCACGACUGAAGUCGAAAACGCGGCGAGUUCGUUUCCGCAGGUUGCCGAGGUCAAUGUGUAUGGAGUAGCCGUGCCGAAUACGGAGGGAAGGGCUGGGUGUAUGGCUAUUGUUGCCGCGGAGGGCGUUUCGACGACGUUGGAGGAUAUAGAAAGUGGACGGGGUUUGGAUUUGAAGGGGUUGGCGGAGCAUUGUCUUGCGGAGUUGCCGCGGUAUGCGGUGCCUAUUUUUGUUAGGGUGGUUAAGGAGUUAGAGUACACUGGGACGAUGAAGAUCCAGAAAGGACGUUUAAGAGCAGAAGGUAUAGAGUUAGAAGCUAUUGAGAAAGCAGCAAAGGAAAAGGGAGCGGAAGUGGAUGCGAUAUAUUGGUUACCGCCCGGCGGGAAAGCAUACGUUCCGUUCCGGAACAGAGAGUUACAGGAGCUUAAGAGCGGUACAGUUCGAUUAUGA